UGGUAGUCGCCCGUAGCCCCACUAAGGUUACAUACCGAACGUUGUGGUCCGAGACCUUCUGUCAGUGAGUUGAGCUGAGUCCAGACGUCAGUAUGUAACUAACCAAGUGAGAGUAAGGUGUGUCUCAAGUUCUGCGUAGAUCUACUGGCUGUUCGUCUCUUUUCACAGAAGCUGUGGCCAUCGUAGUGUAGGAAUCUUAGAAAACAACAAUGCCAGACGCAAAGGGCGCUAGUAGUGCUCUCGUUUUUUUCGUCAAUGGUCGUAAGGUUGAGGACGGCAAUGUUGAUCCGGAGUGGACCUUACUCACAUAUCUGAGGAACAAACUAAGGCUAAGCGGCACCAAGCUUGGAUGUGGUGAGGGAGGCUGCGGUGCUUGCACUGUCAUGCUUUCCAGAUAUAAUCAUGCCUUGGAUAAAGUCACGCAUUAUUCAGUGAACGCUUGCCUCGCCCCAGUUGCCUCCGUGCACGGUCUGGCGGUGACGACAGUGGAGGGAAUAGGGUCAACCAAGUCAGGACUUCACGCUGUACAGGAGCGCAUUGCCAAGGCCCACGGAUCGCAGUGUGGAUUCUGCACGCCGGGAAUAGUCAUGUCCAUGUACACACUGUUGAGGAAUACCAGAGUCCCUUCGAUGGAACAAAUUGAGGAAUAUUUCACAGGUAAUUUGUGCAGAUGCACCGGUUACCGACCCAUUCUGGAAGGCUUCCGAACGUUCACAUUAGAUGCUAAAGUGCAGGGAGGAUGUGGAAGGGCAGACUGCUGCAAACUGAAAGACAAGAUCUCGGGAACGAAUGGCGCUGUAAAUGGAAUUGGGGGUGAUCCAGGAAAUGGUGAAUCCAGUGCUUAUGAGGAAAGCAGCGUAACCCAUUUGCUCUACGACAAAUACGACUUCAAACCUUAUGAUCCAACUCAGGAGAUAAUAUUUCCACCAGAACUGAAGGUUGACAGAGAACUCCAAACUAGCUACGUAGAGUUUCAUGGUCCUCGUGUCAGCUUCUACCGGCCAUCCUCUCUCUCCCAGCUGUUACAACUCAAGUCCCUUCAUCCAACUGCUAAAAUUAUAGUCGGCAAUACCGAAGUCGGAGUGGAGGUGAAAUUCAAGAAUCAAGUUUAUCCCGUCUUAAUCAACCCAAGCAACGUAAGUGAACUGAAUACCGUUGUGGAAGAGGAUUCGGGAGUAGUUUUUGGGGCAUCGGUAACUCUAACGACCAUUGAAGAAACUCUACGGGCUCAGCUUUCAAAGCAAGAAGAAUACAGGACCCGGAUAUUUUCUGCGAUCCUCGAGAUGCUACGAUGGUUUGCGGGGAAGCAAAUUAGGAACGCAGCUGCAAUUGGCGGUAACAUCAUGACUGGGUCUCCCAUUAGCGAUCUGAACCCAUUGCUGAUGGCAGCUGGAGCAACGCUUACCCUCUGCUCUAAAGAGAGGGGAGAACGGCAGGUAGUGAUGGACCAGAGUUUCUUUACUGGCUACAGGAGAAAUAUUGUUCUGCCUGAUGAGAUUCUGCUGUCUGUCCACAUUCCCUACACUACAGAGGGCGAGUACUUCUUCGGUUACAAACAAGCUAGGAGGAGAGAUGAUGACAUCGCCAUUGUUAAUGCAGGAAUGAAAGUCAUCUUCGACCAUGAAAGUGCUGUCGUGAAGAAGAUAGAUUUGGCCUUUGGUGGCAUGGCCCCUACGACAGUUAUGGCUCUAAGUACAAUGAAGAAACUGGUUGGAAGGAAAUGGGAGCCGUUACUUUUAGAAGAAGCAACUACUUCGUUACUUGAAGACUUACCUCUCUCGCCUUCUGCCCCCGGUGGAAUGAUUGAGUAUCGGAGAGCUCUUACAAUCAGUUUUUUCCUGAAAUUUUUCCUGAGCGUGCGUGGGCAGCUUAGCAAAAGGUUACCGGGGUUAGUGGAGCCUUUGACUGACAUGGAAGAGAGAGCAGUAAAAUUACAUGAACACACUUCUCCAAAAAGCACCCAGAUUUUCCAAAAGGUUCCUGCUGGCCAAAGUCAAAUUGAUCCAGUUGGCCGACCAUUGCCUCACACUUCGGCUCAGAAACAAGCAUCAGGAGAGGCCGUGUAUGUGGAUGACAUGCCCCGUUUUGAAAAUGAAUUGUAUGCUGGACUGGUCCUUUCAACUCGUGCCCAUGCUAAGAUCAUAUCCAUCGACGAAUCUUCAGCCCUGAGUCUAGAUGGAGUGGAGAGAUUCUUUUGCGCCAGAGAUAUGCCAAACCUUGACAGGAAUAAGAUUGGCUGCAUAAUCCAUGAUGAAGAGGUUUUUGCUUAUGAGAAGGUGACAUGCGUUGGGCAGAUAAUUGGUCUGGUAGCAGCAAAGGACCAGGCAACAGCCCAAAGAGCUGCAAAGUUAGUGAAGGUGCAGUACGAAGACAUCAAACCUUGUAUAAUUACCGUUCAUGAUGCCAUUGCCGAGAAAUCUUAUUAUAACUCCUUCACAAUAAACAAAGGCGAUGCGGAAACUGUUCUCAAGGGGUCAGCCAAUCUUCUAGAAGGUGAGAUUCACUUGGGUGGACAAGAACACUUCUAUUUAGAAACCAAUGCCCACUUGGCUGUCCCAAAGGGUGAGGAUGGGGAGCUAGAGCUUUUUUCUUCAACCCAGAACCCAACAGAAACCCAAAAGUUGGUUGCUAAAGCUCUUGGAGUUCCCGAAAACCGAGUAGUUGUCCGUGUGAAGAGGAUGGGCGGUGGAUUCGGCGGAAAGGAAACCAGAACUUGUAGCAUUUCGGUGCCUUUGUGCGUUGCAGCUGCCGCGAUGAAUCGCCCAGUGAGGAUAAUGUUGGAUCGUGAUGAGGAUAUGGUCAUUACUGGAACCAGGCACCCCUUCUUUUGUCGCUGGAAAGUUGCCUUCUCUGAUGAUGGUGUUCUGUCAGCUGUUGAGAUGGAUCUCUAUGCAAAUGGAGGAAACUCUCUUGAUCUCACAGCUUCUGUUGUGCACAGAGCAAUGUUCUCUAUGGAUAAUGUAUAUAAGUGUGAUAAUGUACGUGUGACGGGUUAUGUAUGCAAGACUAACUUGCCCUCGAAUACGGCUUUUCGUGGAUUUGGUGGACCCCAGGGAAUGUUUUUCGCCGAAGAUAUGAUUGAAAGAAUUGCCUCAUUCUUGAACAAGGAUUCCUGCAAAGUACGCGAGAGAAAUAUGUACGUCACAGGUGACAAAACUCAUUACAAUCAGCUGCUAGAAAGAUGCACCAUUCGACGCUGUUGGGAUGAGGUCACAGUACAAGCUGAUUAUUCCUCAAGAAAAGCAUCCAUAGACAGCUUUAACAAGCUAAAUAAGUACAGGAAGAAAGGCAUUUCUCUCAUCCCAGUGAAGUUCGGGAUCUCCUUCACAGCUCUCUUCCUGAAUCAAGCCGGUGCUCUUGUGCUUGUGUACACAGAUGGGUCAGUUCUGCUCUCACAUGGUGGCACAGAAAUGGGACAGGGUUUGCACACCAAGAUGAUUCAGGUAGCAGCGAGGGCGCUUCAGAUACCUGCUGAUAAAAUUUACAUAGCUGAAACAGCAACUGACAAAGUUCCAAACACUUCUCCCACGGCAGCUUCUGCUUCUUCCGACCUUAAUGGCAUGGCAGUAGUGAAUGCAUGUGAUAAGAUUCGCCAACGACUUGAACCUUAUAUCGCCCAAAACCCCAAAGGGUCGUGGGAAGAUUGGGUUAAGGCAGCAUAUUUUGACAGAGUGUCACUUUCAGCUACAGGAUUUUAUAGGACCCCAGGCAUUUCAAACUUCGACUUUGAGAAAUUAGAGGGCAGACCAUUCAACUACUUUUCCUACGGAGCUGCAGUGACAGAAGUAGAAAUCGACUGCCUCACAGGAGAUCACUCAGUCCUUCGAACAGACAUCGUAAUGGAUGUUGGAGAGUCUUUGAAUCCUGCAAUUGACAUAGGCCAGAUAGAAGGAGCUUUCACACAAGGUCUAGGUCUUUUUACUAUAGAAGAGCUUUGUUAUUCACCGGAGGGUGUUCUACUCACAAGGGGACCAGGUGCCUACAAGAUACCAGGCUUCCAGGAUAUACCAAAGGAGUUCAAUGUAUCCCUCCUUCGGGGAGCACCAAAUCCCAGGGCUGUUUUCUCUUCAAAGGCCAUUGGAGAACCGCCUCUAUUCCUCGGAGCAUCAGUUUUCUUCAGCAUCAGAGAUGCCAUAAAAGCCGCCCGCAUGGAUGCUGGUCUUAGUCCUACUUUCCGGUUAGAUUCGCCAGCCACUGCAGAACGCAUCAGAAUGGCUUGCCCUGACUUCAUCACAGAGAAGAUAAAACCAGCUGAACCUGGAAGCUUCAAACCUUGGUCUGUGACUGUAUAAUUUACUGCUCUUUCUCCCGCAGAACCUUAGACAUUACUUGUAUCAGUCUGAUUUUAAUUUAAUACAGGCUACAAGAAUGAAAGACGAGCUUAGAAUUUUAUUGGAUCAAGGAAGGAUCCUUCGCUCUUUAUCAUUUGAUAAUGUCAUUCAAAGAAAUAUUAGAGUACAUUGAUAUAUUUUUAUAAGAACUGACUUAGAGUGAAUGUCCUAUGAUAUCCAAUAGUAGGUAUAUAUUUGUACGAGAUAUGUUUUGGAGAAUAACAUUUUUACCUGGUAUUUGUGAUGUACAGUAUUUAACUGUUUUAAAGAGUCAGAGCCUUCAUAUUAAGUGUUCGUCAAUGGAAAAGGUCCGAUAAUAAGUAUUAGAACCAUAAAUAAAAUGAUAAUUGUGCUGUAGUAUAUUUUUAUGAUAAACUUGUCGCAGAUA